AUGGCCCCUAAAAUUCCUUCAGUGAUUUCUUGCUCAUCCCGAGCUAUACUUGACUAUGAGCUCGGCGAAGUCCGCGCCGGUCUUGAACUCACCGAAACUGAGGACAGCUGGAACAAGAUAUCCAAUGCCCUUCUCCGUCUUAACGCCUUGGCAGUUGGCUCUGCUGCAGAUUUUCCAUCACAGCUCAUAACAGCAUUCAAAUCCUUCGCACGGCCCAUCAUCAACUCUCUUAACUCGGAGCGUUCGAGGCUAUCGGGCUGUGCCACGGAUGUGCUCACUACGCUUGCGACUCACCUCCGACGGCCCUUUGAAGCUCUCAUCCCUCUUUUCGUACCAACCCUCCUCUCUCUUGCCUCUCGAUCCAACAAGGUAUUCAUCGCAAGAGCCAAAGCAUGCUUAUUGGCAAUUGUCGAGAAUGUCCAGUCUCCUAUAAUUUUUCCUCUUCUCCGGCAUGCCGUUUCGGACAAGUCGGUUAAUCUUCGUCUAACCGCAACAGACCUCGUUGUGGCUUGCCUCAACUGCUACAACCCACCGGACCUCGAGACACCGAAUAGAGCAGAGGACAUUGAGGCCGUCAUGCGAGCUACUGCUAGAGACGCCAGCGCCGACGUUCGCAAGAGUAGCCGGAAGGCCUUUGAGGCCUACAAGAUUCUCUUUCCUUCCAGAUUAGAUUCGUGA